CACGCUCUUGUGCGGCAGCGAUGCGGCGGCGAUGGAGAGCCGAAGGUCGCGUGCGAUGGAACCGCGCUCUCCGAUUCCGACACGGAGGACGAGUGCGACGACCCGUACGCCCCCGCGGAGUCGCUCUGGCUGCGGAUCGGGGAGGACAUCGACUGGAGCGACGUCGGGGCGGUGGCGGUGCUGGAGCGGGACGACUCCACCAAGGGCGCCGGCGCCAACCCCAAGUCGGCCGCGCGCAGGAGCGCGACCACCGGGAGAACCUCGAUGUCCGCCGCGACACCGAGGAAGAUUGCCGUCGUCAUCGGCGGCCUGCCCCCCGCGGCGGGCAAGGUCGCGUGGGAGCACGGAAGACGGCGCACCCCAUGCCGGCUCGGCGGUCGCGCGAGGGUGUUCGCGGCCAGGGAGGCGGUUGAUCGUCAGGCGGAGCCAGCGUCGCCCGAGGUGUCCUGCCUCGGGGCCGUCCGGUCGGAGCCGCAGCCCGCGGCUGACGGUAUCAGUGGCCGCCGGUGGUGGGCAUGGUUUAUGGUCGACGUCAUCUGCUGCUGCUCCAACCGGCGCGCGUGGAGAGCGCAGGGGAGCGAAGCCGACUAGCCAAGACACGUCCGGCGGAGGUGGCGACGGACGCAGCCGUCGCUCGUCCUGCGCCUGCGGAAGUGGUCGGGGGGCAUCGGAAGAUCAGAUCGACUGAUCGUGUAACGCGUGGCUGGUUGCGUAUUGUCGGCCACUAGGAAAUUUUCGUCAUUUCUGGUUAGCUUUGCGUUUUGCCUGCUCAUGGUCGGCCGGACUAGCUCGUGCCUUUCCUGUACAUGGAUCUUCAGUAGCAGUUUAAUUUAAAUUUAAACUAGAAAACUGGCGCACCAAAGGCGCGCCCGGCCCGUCCUUUAGGCCCAGUCGGCGCCCGGCCCCUCACAGGGGAGCCGUGGGCCUAUUAGGCCUGCUAAUAUUUGAAUAUCUACCUGUUUUGUUGUAUAAAAAUGAACAGAAACAUUCCUUUGCUA